AUGCCGGCGAGGCUAUACCUCCGGCCUCAGCCGCGCGCCUUCUUCCUCCUCACCGACACCCAUGCUCUCGUGUUCCGUCAACCCGGCGCCGAGGAAAGCAAGGCGACACGAUCUGUGGUUGUUGCCGAGUUCCUGCCUAUCGACCAGGUAGACACCAAUGGACUCAUCGCGGCGGGGCAGUAUCGCUCUGUCGAGGGCGUCCUUGGCGUCACUAGUAUACCGAGUGACCGGUCCCCUGUUCCAGACGUCUUCCUCCUCCUUCUCACAGCGUCGACACCCCUUCAGCCUCUGAUUCCAGGGUCGUCUCUGCGCCCGGCUCGCGUCGUGUCUGUCGAGUUCCACUCGCUGACGUCCAACUUCUGGGACCCGCCUGGGCUUGUGCCGAGCACGAGCACUUUUGACCCCAUUGACGUCGAGGAUGCCGAGUACUACCACCGAGAGACGCGCGUCAACAACAUGAGCCUCGCACAGGCAGCGGGCGUCGAGGACCCGUGUAGCGGGAUGCGCAAAUAUCUCGAGUCGGGCGGAUUCUUCCACGCGGGCGCAUGUCGAUUUGACAUCUCGAGGCAUCUUGGGAGCCCGGGGACCAACCUCGUCGCCGACGAGGCUGGGCACGGCCGCAGUCCGCUCGAGGGCUGGGACGAGCGGUUCGUUUGGAACGCCCACCUACUACAGCCGCUGCUGGUGUUCCGGCAGAACCUGCCGGAUGCUGUGCGCGACGAGCUCGACGCGCACGCCCUCCUGCUCCCAGUGAUCCAGGGAUAUGUGGGCUCGGUCCCUUUGGGCCCGGCCUCCUGGUCGCCGCAGGAGGGCAAGCUGAGCGGACUGGCACUCAUCUCGCGCCUGAGCUGCAAGCGCGCCGGCGCGCGUUUCCGUACCCGCGGCAUCGAUGAUGACGGCAACGUCGCCAACUUUGUUGAGACCGAGGUGAUCCUCAGCACGGGCGGGACGAUCGUAUCAUACACUCAGAUCCGCGGCAGCGUGCCGCUCUUCUGGCAACAGCCGCAGCAGGGUUUCGGGACGUUGCAGCAGAAGGUCGACAUCACGCGGCCACCACAAGCGACCCAGCCCGCUUUCGACAAACACUUCCUCGAUCUCCUCGACCAUUAUGGUGCUGUGCACGCAAUGAACCUCCUGGGUCAGAAGGAUGCCGAGUCGAUGCUGUCCAAUACCUACUCGGAUCGAUUCCGCGCUCUCAAAGCGUCCCUCGCUGAAGACUCGGACGACACUACGGCGCGUCUCAUGUACUCGCCGUACGACUUCCACUCGGCGGUGCGCAUGGGUGGACACGAGGCGGUGCGUACCGACAUGAACGCAAUGGGCGACGUUGCCAACUCGGUCGAGGCGUUCGGGUACACUGCCGUCGAUCUGGCCAACGGGGAGCCGAUCGCGACGCAGCACGGCGUCUUCCGUACCAACUGCCUCGAUUGCCUCGACCGCACCAACUAUGUGCAGGAGGUGCUCAGUACGAUUGCCCUGCGGAGAUUUCUGAGCUCACAGGGGAGCGCGUUGCUCAACAGCCCCACGCUGUGGUCGGCGCACCGUGAGCUGUGGGCCGACAACGGUGACCGCCUGAGCAAGACGUACGCGGGGACUGGUGCACUCAACACGAGCGCGACGCGCAGCGGGCGCAAGACAUUUGCCGGGCUGCUCAGUGACGCGACCAAGAGCGUCGGGCGCGCGUACAUCAACAACUUCCUCGACAAAGACAAGCAGGCCGCCAUCGACCUCCUCCUCGGCCUAAUGGCUGGGCAGCGUCCGGUCGUGCUCUUCGAUCCUGUCAGCGACUCGGUACAUAGUGCUCUCCUCGCGCGUCGCAACGAGUACUCGACUCCGCGCAACCUCAAGUUCUUCAGCGGCACCUGGAACGUCAACGGCAAGCUUCCCGAUGACUCGCUCGACGGUUGGCUCUUCCCUGGUGACCUCAGGGCAGACAUCUACGCGAUCGCCUUCCAGGAGAUCGUCGAGCUCACUCCUCAGCAGAUCGUACAGCCUGACCCAGCCAAGAAGCGCGUGUGGGAGAACCAGAUCAUGGAGACGUUCUCCGGCCACUCACAGAAGGCCAAGUACAUCAUGCUGCGCAGCGAGCAGCUCGUAGGCACGGCGCUCAUGGUCAUCGUCAAGGAGAGCCUACUGCCGGCGAUCCGCGGGAUCGAGUAUGCGUCAAAGAAGACGGGUUUGCAGGGUCUGUCGGGAAACAAGGGCGGCAUCGGCUUCCGGUUCCAGCUGUACGAUGCGUCCGUGUGCCUCAUGACGUGUCACUUGGCAGCGGGACAAUCUGCCUACGCGGACCGGAACGCCGAUUAUCGCACUAUAUCUAACGGGCUCACUUUCCUGCGGGGCAAGACGAUCCACUCGCACGAUAUUGUGAUCUGGGCAGCCGACUUCAACUAUCGUAUCGACCUGUCAAACGAGGAGGUGCGAGCAGCUGCGGAGCAGGACGAGCUAGAUGUCUUGGUUGCCGCGGACCAGCUGUCGCUGGCUCGUGACGACGGCGAGGUGUUCAUUGGGUACUCUGAGGGGGCGCUCACUUUCCGUCCGACGUACAAGUACGACAACGGAACGGACACUUACGACUCGAGCGAGAAGCAGCGCAUCCCCGCAUGGACUGAUCGCGUGCUAUACAAGGGCGAGGGGUUACACCUGCGCGCGUACAACUGCACGUCUGACCUGCGCACAUCCGACCACCGACCUGUGUUUGCCCUCUUCGAGGCGGUGGUGCCCGAGGUGAAUGAGGCGCGGCGUUCGGCCAUCGCCGCCGAACUCGCAAGCAAGGCACGCGCCGCUACUGCCGGUGGUAAGCUCGACGACCAAAUCGAGCGCGCGGCCGCGGCUGGUGGCGUCCGUGGCCUGGUCAAGGAGUUCACAAGCGUCAGCCUUGCAACGUCGCCGGCCCGCUCGGGGUCAUCGACACCUGAGCCAAAGUACUCGCCAACCUUCUCGCGCGACACGAAACCUCCAGCUCGCAAAGCCACCUUCAAGGACACUGUCAACUCGGCGUAUGCGCGCCUCGGACAGCCUCCGCCCCUCCCGCCGCGUAGCGGCACUGCCUCGCCCGCGCCCGUCGAGCAUGCGCCGUAUGAGCCACGCCGCCGACCGGCACCCCCGCCGCCAGCUGCGUCCGAGUUCCGUAAGAUUGGCCUGCCGCCCGAGGCGAACGAGAUGACGCCCAUGAGCACUGGCGACUUUGUGCUAGUACCGUCUCCAGCUCGGCCCAGCCCGCCGCCGCCUUUGCGCAAGCCGAGCACGGCGAGCGUGGCCAGUGGAACCAGCCUGAUGAGUACUGGGAGCGCACCACCUGCACUCCCUCCCCGCCCGCGCCCGACAAAGAGUUCGACACUCGACUGGGACGCCCCAGCACCCGAUGAUCUCAUCCCCGCAGUGCUCCCUGACAACUACCCGAAGCCUGCGCUGGUGUCUAAGCCGCCGCCACCACCUGGGCCGCGAAGGAAGAUGAGCACGAGUGAGAACAAUGCUGCUACGGCGCUUGGGACGUCUCCCGAGCAGAGCGAGAGGAAGGAGAAGCCCCCACCCGUUGCGCCGGAACCGAGGGCCAUGAGUAUUGACAAGGUGGACGGGGAGAAGCCGGAGAAGCCGCCGCUGGGGCCCAAGCCGCGGAGCAUGAGCGUGGACAAGGAUGAGCGGAAACCGCCUCCAGUCGCACCCAAGCCUACGCGCAAGGCCACGGCCCCCGCUUCGCCAGCGCGGACAGCGAGCGCGGAUGCUUCGUCGCCGACUGGCGCGUCGGCCAAGUCGUCCAAGGUCCCUCCAGCGGUCAAGCCGAAGCCCGAGGUACAACCGAAGCCUCAGAAGGCUGAGGACAAGCCCCAACAGGAGAAGGGCCCAGAACAGAAACCCAAGCCGGAAUUGAAACCUAAGCCUGAGCUGAAGUCGAAACUGGCAGAGGACAAGCCUGCUUCCAAACCGAAGCCGGAGCUGCUGCCCAAGCCGGAUCUCAAACCGAAGCCCGAGGCGACGGCAGUUGAAGAGGAGGAGCCCAGACAGUUAAAGCCGUCCGAGCUCAAGGGCCGCUGGCCACCAGCGUAG